AUGUCCACGGGGCUGGGCGGAGAAAUGCAGGAGAAUCCGUUUCGACCUGGGCGCAUACGAGAUGGUGCAGCGUAUAAGGCGGUCCGAAUGGAUAAAAGGAUCGUCUGGACCGCCCCAGUAGCUACAAGGCAAGGCAAACACAAUGCUGUCCAUUUCCUCACUUGGGCAUCUUCUCAUACUUGCCAGUGUCGGUGCGUAGCUGCAGAGAACUUAGGCGCAUACCUUAAUCCACACCCGCCCCACCGUAGUUGCGACCUCACCCCCUCCUACGACUACAUCAUAGUCGGGGCAGGAGUCGCUGGCAUCAUCGUUGCCGACCGGCUGAGUGAAGCGGGAAAGAAAGUCCUGCUCCUCGAGCGCGGCGGCCCAAGCGCGGGAGAAACCGGCGGCACAGACAUUCCCCCAUGGGCGAACGGCACGGACCUCACGUUGUUCGACAUCCCGGGAGAGUUCGAGUCGCAGUUCACUACUCCCGGGGACGCGUGGUAUUGGUGCAACGAUAUUGCUACUUACGCUGGAUGCCUCCUCGGUGGUGGCGCACAAAUCAACGGAGCGAUGUAUUGGUACCCGCGCGACGUUGACUUCUCGCUCGCGAACGGUUGGCCGGAAGGCUGGCAAGACCAUCAGCCGUUCACAGACAAAGUCAUAGCGCGCCUACCCAGCACUGACCAUCCAUCGGUCGAUGGGAAGCUAUAUCUUCAGCAAUCCUACAACAUCACCGCCCAGCUGUUGAAUAAGCAAGGAUAUAGGGCCAUCACCAUAAAUGACGAACCUAAUUCCAAGGACCGCGUCUACGGACAUAGCGCUUUUGACUUCUUGGGAGGUAUGAGAGCAGGACCGGUCGCCACGUACCUCCAAACGGCCAAAACCCGGAGCAACUUCCGCUUGAGACUGUAUACAUACGUGACCAGCGUUGUACGGAACGGCUCUGUCGUCACGGGUGUGCAGACGAACGACACGACAUUGGGCGCUGACGGCAUCGUGUCCUUAAACAAGGAUGGGCGGGUUAUCCUGUCAGCGGGAAGCUACGGGACGCCAAGGAUACUGUUCCAAAGCGGGAUAGGGCCCAGUGAUAUGAUAGGGAUCGUGCAGCAGAAUGCAACGGCAGCCGCGCGUAUGCCCCCGACGGAUCAGUUCAUCGACCUGCCCGUUGGAUAUGAUGUCAGUGACAAUCCUUCUAUUAACCUCAUCUUCACCCACCCUUCCAUCGAUGCCUAUGAGAAUUGGUUCACAGUCUGGGCGAACCCGAGACCUGCAGAUGCCGCGCAGUACCUCGCGAAUCGGUCCGGAGUGCUAACAACCACAUCUCCUACGAUUAACUUCUGGAGGUCCUACAACUCUAGCGAUGGUAGAGAGCGCAUGAUGCAAGGGACUGUGCAUCCUGGUGGAAAUGUCUCGGUGGAGACCUCCUAUCCUUAUAAUUCCAGUCAAGUAUUCACUGUCACGAUCUAUUUGUCUUCGAAUAUAACCUCCCGAGGCCGGAUAGGAAUUAAUGGAUCCUUCACCGCAGUAAGGCUUGUGAACCCAUGGUUCACAGACCCCGUAGAUAAGGAAACCAUGGUCAUCGCACUGGAAGACUUUGUGGCGAACGUCAAGGACAUACCGGGUCUGACUCUCAUCACUCCUGAUAACACGACCACCAUAACCGACUACGUCAACGGAUAUAACCCCACGUCCAUGAACUCUAAUCACUGGGUGGGAUCCAAUCGGAUUUCCACCUCUCCUUCCACAGGAGUUGUCGAUCCUCACUGCAAAGUAUUCGGCACAGAUAAUCUAUUCAUCGUCGACAACUCUAUAGUGCCUUCGUUACCGACAGGCAACCCUCAAGGAGCACUGAUGUCGACGGCGGAACAAGCGGUGGCGAAGAUUCUUUCUCUACCUCUUUGGCGCUGA